CCGCGGACCCCGCUCAGCAGAGGGAUCAGUGCUCGGGGUGCUCCUCCUCUGGCCGGGGCUGCUCCCGGCCCGGCUCCCGCCCUUCCCGGGCAUCGCUCUGCUCUUCUGGGAGAAGUGCGAGAGCUCUGACCGAAAUCCUGGGAAUUGUAUUCCCUGUCACACAGGCGCUGUUUGACUGGAGCUACUGAACCCCCUGGAGCUACUGAACCCCCUGGCUCCUGUGCCUUCCCUCCCAGAUGCCCUCGGAACAUGUCUGACUGGACCAGCCUGUGGUAUGUCUGGCUGAUCCUGCUCACGGUGUUCCUGCUCCUGCUCUGCGGGCUCUCAGCGAGCUGUGUCAGGUUCUGCUGCCGCAGGAAGAGGCUCCCGGCAGAGGCGUUCCCUCGGCACCCCUGUGAGCUGGCAGGGAUCGGCAUCGACAGCGACAGCACCGCCCACAGCACCGUCACCUCAUACAGCUCAUGGCAGUACCCUCCAAGUGUGCAGAUCCCUGCAGUGUUUGUGGAUAUGGAUAAGAACACUGUGUCCCCCCCAGCCUACAGUGUCUAUGCACUGGACUUGCCACCCUCCUAUGACGAAGCCGUGCAGAUGGGAAAGCAGGAGGCUGAAGUGGCCCAGAAACUCAGGGACAUCCCUGAACAGGGGACACCAGGGGGGCUGAGCCCCAGCCAGGACCCACCUGACACAGUGAGCAGAGAUCCAGCAACACAGGCAAAUUCAGGGACUUCAGGAGGUGCCACAAAAGAACAGCCACAGAUGUGACUCACUUCAGAUGGGGAGUACAGGAAGGGAAGGACUGUAAGAAUCAAAGAGGACGUGAAGAGUUUGGGUUUAUAAGUAGGUUGUGGUGGGAAGAUGUUUCCUCUCGUGCCCUUGCAAUGAUCUGUCAGAAGAAAUGUUUUCUGUGCCUUCUGUAACCCCCUGGUAAAGCUGCUUCAAGGAUAUGAAACGAGGUAAAAGGGCAGCAGUUUAAAAAUUCCUGUAGAAGUGGGACGUGAAUGCUUGUUCAUCUCCUGAUAAAAAAAUACUCCUUGUGUCCAGCCAUGAGAAAGGUCUGGGGAAUUCUGCCACCUUGGGAAUACACACUCAGAACAGCACAAGCAGGAAGCUGUUGUUCCAGAACAGAAGUUUCCCAUGCUGGAGCUGAAGGGGGAAUCCCCACAAGUCCCACUGAACAGCCUCUGCAGCUUCUCUUCUUUUGAGAACAUCGACUGUCCAGAAAAUUGCUGAGCACAAACUGCUGCAUAAAGGCUCCUGUUCCUCCUGAGCCUGGAGAUGCCAAGCAGGGACAGGAGAGUGUGUGGAGGGAAAUGCCUUCCUUGUGUUCCACAACUACAGACAGGGAAAGAGGCAGAGGAGAAAAGACACUUCUUGGUGGCUGUUGGUCAUGAGACCCAAAGGGAUUGUUGUUGAGGUUUUGUAAAUCUUUAAAUUCCUGUCUUUGAGAAGAGCUGCCUUGUGUGGGGGAUCCUUUCACUGUUUGUUUUCUCCAGAUGAAAUGCACGUGAGUCCCAAAGAGGCACUUGCACACAAGUUCAGUGUUACUCAGGUGUUUCAAACACCCAUCAAGCAUUUCAAAGAUGCCUUUAUCCUUUGUUAUCUGCUCAGGUGUCGGGGUCUCAGCACAGGACAGAAAAAUCCCUGAUUCCUGGCAGCUUUCCCCAGUUCAGGACGUGGAUGAGCUCAGGAAUGAGCAGGGUGGCACAAACCAGCCAGAAUAAGCUGUAGGUACAAAUCCCACCGUACAGGCUGGGCAACAGCCCAAAGAAGUUACUCCUAGGGAUGGUCCUUUGGGAAGUACUGACAGAAGGACACCUGCUGGGCAUCAUUUUAAACCUGGGAGCUUGGAGCUGGUUACAGCAGUCACAGCCCAGGUAAAAACACGGGCUGUGAGAGGCCUUUUUUAAAUGCCAGCUCCUUCCCUUGCCUGCCCUUCCCUAUUCCAAGUGGUAGGAAUUUUGCCCACUCCUGAGUAGGGAUUUUCUUGAUUCCACUUUAGCAAGGUGCUAAUUUGGCUGCCUUUAAGAACACAAGCAAUGCCCAGGGUGGCUCCUUGCUCUGGGAUUCUCUGUGGGAUGGGAGCAGGAAGGAAAGCCUGAGCACUGGUGCUGUUAACACUGGAGCACAAACCCCAGUGUCUGCCAUGAACCAGCAGUAGAAGUGGUGGGCACAAAAGCCUGCACAGCUUUUAGAAGGCUGUUAUUCUCUGCCAACCAUCACUGCAAGAACUGCUCUGGAAAUGAGCACUGAUGAUUUAAGACUGAAGGUCUCUGCCAGCCACGCUGGUGUGUGUGAGCUGCCCGUGGCUCCCCGGGGAAGGGUCAGCUCUAUAUUUAACUUGCAUGUCCCUUACUAUGAGGGCUGACUGGUGUAACAAAUCUGCUUCUCUUGUGUCUCCUCUCUGUCAUUCUUAAUUAUAUUUCUCCUCUUUUAUUCUUU